UCAGCAGCCGACGAAUGCAGGAGGAUGACGACGUCAAUAAGAGUUGUGAGUUGCUGUGUGGCAUUGAUUCUUGCCCUCACCUCUGUGUCAGCUGUGCAAAAGCUCAAUUCAAUCAAUGAUUUGAAGAAAAUCAACUUUGGUCAGUCUGUACCUAAGCACAGUCUUGUGCUGCUCCACUGGUUUGCCAACACAGUUGAUAUUGACAAUAACGAUAUUGUACGACUGACCUUUGAUCCAAAUGGAGAUUAUGGCUCACAUCAUUACGGGAACUAUGAGGGGCUGUUGGACCCACUGCCUCAUGGAAAUGUCAGAUACAGCUACUACACUGUUGGUAAUAUCAACCAGGACACAUCUGUGCCACUUCCAACGUAUGUUAUCCAUCCUCCAGUAGAGGAGUAUGUGGGAACAAACUUGGACCGAAUCAUAUUCAGAGUCAGGGAGUACAACACAGGAUGGCAAGUUCUGCAGGCAAUAGACCAAGUGUACAUCACACAGCAUUAUGGAAAUUCAUAUGCCACAAGGUAUGAUCCAGCUCACACCUACCAGAUCACUACUAACCUCUUAAGAGAGAUCAGACUGUUUUCUGUGGAAGACAAUGACAGGAACUCACUAUCAGAGCUCAGAGAUCACUUUGGAAGCAACAUUGAUUAUUUCCAGUUAAGGAACCUCACAAACACAUGGGGUAACCUUGCUUGCCUUGGACUGCUGUUGUUUAUUGUGAUCCAGGAAAAGCACUUGCGUAAACAACAAAACAACAGAUCCCAACAUGCGGCAAAAAAAGAAGCACCUGAUGUUGUCAUCAGCUUUCCAGAAAACAGACAAAACCACAACGCUCACGUUUCAGUGUCCUUUGGAGAUCUCUUGCCUCAGGAUCACGUAACACUUGAGGUAACAACGCGCACAAAUGGGAAAGCCAGGAUUCUCUGGAGCAAUGUUAAUAGAGAUCGUCUAAAAGAAGGUGUGAUGGUAGUGCUUUUUAAGGACAAUAACGGCCAGGAGGCCAUCUAUUACAAAUCGAUUGAUGGCGGAAAAGGCAGUUACGACACCUCAGUACCCCUGAAUGACGGCCUGCAGGUCCGACUACAUAAGGUGAGGAAACAGUGCUGUUUUUGGACAAGGGCUGGAGAGGAGAUUUGCAGGGGUCCAGAGUUUAAAGAUCCAAAAGCAGUGAAUAUAACGGGCUACCAAGCAAGACUACAACUCUUUGUAAAGGAUGGUAAAGCUUGUGCUCGCUUAUAUGUUGACAGGUCUUUCAGUGAGUGGAGGUCAGAAUUUAACAAGUCUUGGGUUGGAUUCUACACCUCCACAGAUAAAGGCACAAAUGAAUAUGAAUGGUGGCAAUGGCAGUGGGCAACUAAAUUUACACCAUCCACUGAUUUUAGGACAUCCUCUUAUGAUGUCUAUGAGUAUCGCUCGAGUAUGGCAAUAGCCCCAGGAGUCCAAGCAAGAUUCAUACUCAGUGAUGAAGUAGUUAAAGCACGCACUCCCAGCUGGAGGUGAUAAGGACUAUUAAUUAUACACUGGAGAAAAUGAGGCCCACAACAAAAUGUAUUUUAAAGACAUCUGCUUCAUAACAAAACUGAAAUAAUUAUUUGACCAAGGCUAUGUAGACAUGAUUUGUAUGUCCCUCAAAUAUGCUGUUUCCAUUGUAUGUGUUGUUUUGCUUCCUUAUGUUUGAUUUUAUUUUCUACUAUAUCAGCUACUUAAUUUGUAAAUACUGUUAAGUAUAGAUUCAUAUAUAGGUCUGGCGAAAUGGGCUUGUGAUGAAAGACCAAAUAUCAUAAUUCACCCAUCUCAAACUAGGUGCUAUGAUAGGCUGAGAGUCUUCAAGAUUUUCAUUUGUCAUUCAAUUUUAUAUUACUUUAUAGGACCAGAGUAAAAUCUCUGAUGUGAUCAGCACAUGAGGUAAUAAAGCCUGCAGACUCUGACCUCCAUGGCAUAUGUUUACCUGCUGUAAAUAAACCUGUUUCAACAUUUGAAUGAAUUGUAACCUGCCUGCAAAUUUACAAAGACAUCACAUGACAUCAAAAACCUAAUGAUAGUUUGAACAUUUAUGUGAUAUGAAGAAUGUAUUUCCUGAUGUGUGUUUCACCAAAAAUACAGAUGGACAUAUUGAGCAUUACUGUUUGUUUACAGUGCAGAACUGCAGCUUGUUAACAAUGUAAACAUCCUUUGUACAGAAAUAGUUGAACUGAAAUAAAUGUCUUGUACAGUAUAUCAUGUACUGCUCUGCCAUGGUCAUAAAGCCCCAGGCUUCAUUCAUGCAACAAUGUCAUGCUUCAACAUGUCUAAUUUCAUAGUAAUGACUCACUUCUGACCUUUCUAUAUUUGGAAGAGAUUUGUAUGAUAUAAAUUGCCCUGAUGAAUGAAAUGAAAUUGAUAUCAAAAUAUUGUAUGCAUUUUUGUUUUUAAACAGGACUGUACUAUUUUAUAGUUUUAUAUUAUUUCGGGUGUGUUGAAAUUUGUGUUUAUUAAACUAUAUUUUAUUA